AGCAUCACAUAGCUGAAGAGGUCACACAUAACCAAAUAUUUAUCAAUAUCAAAAUAUCAUCGAUUUUGUGAAUCUAUCAUUUACCCAAACAGUUGAUCAUUUUAAAACAUUUAUUGAUAUGUCCUCACUUUUUAAAAUGUCGCUCAACUUUGCCCCUAAUGACAUCCGCGCAAUAUUACAAAAUAUUAUUCAAAGCGGCGGCACACAUAAAGAACAAGCUGAAAAGUAUCGACAAGCUUUAGAAUUAAUUCACACUACUCGAUCUAGUUGUUUGGUUGAAGAACUUCAGUGUUUUAUUGAAGCAAUUGUUAAUGAAAAUGUAAGCCUGGUAAUCUCAAGACAAAUUCUCACCGAAAUGAGUAGUUAUUUAAUGAGGCUUCCUGACGAUGUAUCAAAAGCAGUUUGUCACUACAUGCUUGAAAAGGUCCAACCACGAGUAAUUUCGUUUGAAGAGCAAGUUGCCAGUAUUCGUCAACACUUGUCCGGCAUUUACGAACGUCAUCAACAGUGGAAAGAAGCAGCUCUAGUUUUAGUUGGAAUUCCACUGGAGACUGGCCAGAAACAAUAUACUGUGGAUUACAAGCUAGAUACCUAUUUGAAAAUCGCCAGGUUAUAUCUUGAGGACGACGAUCCGGUUCAGGCCGAAGCUUUUAUAAAUAGAGCAUCAUUGCUUCAAGCUGAGUCCAAAAACGAGCAACUGCAAAUUUAUUACAAGGUAUGCUAUGCUCGUGUAUUGGAUUAUCGUCGGAAGUUCAUUGAAGCUGCUCAACGGUACAACGAGUUAUCCUUCCGGAGCAUUGUCCAUGAAGACGAACGCAUGACCGCAUUGAGGAAUGCUCUUAUAUGCACAGUCCUGGCAUCUGCUGGACAGCAAAGAUCUAGAAUGCUUGCAACCCUAUUCAAGGAUGAACGUUGUCAACAGUUACCUGCAGUGGCAAUUUUGGAGAAAAUGUACCUGGAAAGAAUCAUCCGUCGAUCUGAAUUGGAAGAUUUCGAAGCUUUGCUUCAGCCACAUCAGAAAGCAAAAACUGGAGACGGAUCUACGAUUUUAGACAGAGCAGUUAUCGAGCACAACUUGCUGUCCGCUAGUAAGCUAUACAAUAACAUCAGCUUUGAGGAACUAGGGGCCUUGCUGGAAAUCAACCCCAUGAAAGCAGAGAAAAUCGCGAGCCAAAUGAUCACAGAGGGACGCAUGUAUGGUUAUAUUGACCAGAUUGAUUCGAUCGUGUAUUUCGAAACACGAGAAACUCUACCUCAGUGGGACAAGCAGAUCCAAUCCUUAUGCUAUCAAGUCAACUCAUUAAUAGAGCAAAUUUCUAAGGCCCAUCCUGAAUGGAUUGGCAAAGUUAUGGAAGAUCAAAUGGUGUCCUAAAUUUAUAUAUUAUAAAUAUUACUUUCAUUGUGUAAGUGUUUAAUUGAGUUAUGCAAUAAAAAAACCAUGCAAGUUUA